GAUCAGGGGUGAUGUGGAGAUUUCAGUCAACUCAAAACAUAUUCAGAACUCUGAAAUAUUUCGUAACUAGCAGUUAGCAUCCUCGCUCCAAAAUGUCCUCGCAACUGCAGUGCCACUGUGCAGCACGGCGCAACCGGGAACCCAUCAUUACCAUCGACCUGUGCAGUCCGGAAAAGCAGCCAGCAAAGCGCAGGUGCACUGAGCUCGGGGAUCCGGAGGAUCCCUACAGGUGCCCCAUUUGCAUGGAGUAUGUGCGUCGACGCCAACCGGCUGCCACCACAUGUGGCCACGUCUUCUGCUUUAAGUGCAUCAAAACGGCCAUCGGCCAUUUUCAGAAGUGCCCAAUGUGCAACAGAAAUCUAACUGUUGGACAAAUACUUCACAUAUUUCUUUAACUUUAUUGAACAUUUCGUUUUAUGUUGCUUCGUUGUGUUUUAUUAAAUUUAUUGCCUCGUUA